UUCCGUGCGUCGACGUACUGACGUGGCAGGAGCACGUUGACAUGUUGGACGUGUCGUGUUGUGUUUGACGUCCAUCCAGAAACCUUCAGUUUAGAAUUUGCUGAUCAGAUUUUUCUCUCAAUUAUCAGAAUUUGUCGAUGAACUUAUUCCGCGGUGCGCUGCAGCAGAGAAGCGGGACCAGGACGCCUAAACUCCGAUGCAGGAGAAAGCAACAGAAUGAAUAUCGUCGCUAAAAGUAAGAAGCGGGUGGUGCUGCCCAGCCGUCCCAACCCCCCCACCGUGGACCAGAUCCUGGAGGACAUCGACCGAGCCGCCCCCAACGACCCGGUCUUCAGCGUCCUGGAAAAAACCGGACAAGACUCAUCGCGGCCGUCCCCGGACAGCGAUGCGGAGCUGAAGUUCCAGCAAUGUCGUGAGUAUCUGGAGCUGAACGAGCGGCUGCAGGAGGCUCGAGAGCGGCUGCUGAAGCAGAGAGAGGAGCUGCGAGCGGCGGGCGAGCGGCUGCAAGAAGACGUGGCAGAGGUCAAAGGUCGAACGCUCUGACUGCACUAGACUCUCCUUCUCUGACCGGGACUUUUUAAACAGUGUUGACUGUUUCUGUAAACUACAGCUCACAGGUUUGAUUCCUGAACCUGACAGAGCUUCAGGAGCUCCAAUGUCACCUGACCUGUGACCUCUGACCCCACCAGUGAAAUCUGUGUGUGUGUGAUGCAUUAAUGGGACUGAAAGACUUUAGUGGUGUGUUAAGCUGACAAGCAAAGCUGCAAUGAUUCAUCAACUGACUGAAAAUGAAUAAACUACAACUAAUUUGAUAAUCGAA